UUCCACGAGUGUUUGGACAGCGCCUCAGGCCCAGGGUGGGGUUUUGAGGGGUGGUGCUGUGCAGGGCCAGGAGCUGGGCUCCGUGGGCCCUGUGGGUCCCUGCCAGCUUGCAGAGACAGUGAAUCUGUGCCAUGUGCCCUUCCCUUGUACAACCAGGAGCUGGGUCUGGGUACCCUGUAGGGCCGCCGGCACUUUGGAGCCGUUCCCAAGGCAGGGGGGCCGGGGGGGCCACCCCCUCCGUGCCCGGUCUGGCGGGACUUUCGGGUGUCCUUGUUUCUGGGUGAAUAAAAGCGUCUUUGUGCCGGGCCUCGGCGGAUCAGGUGUGGAGCCGGAGCCCGUCCCGUGACGCAGGUGCGGGCGGUGCUGGCAGCGCUCCCGGCCCGGGCCUUCCUCCCGCUCUGCCCGGGAUGAACCCUUCCCUCCGCCGGGUCCGGCCCGGGGCUGACGCAGGACCUGCCCUCCUCCAUCAAUAUUUGCUCUGCUGCCAGGAGGGAAGGCUCGCAGCGCUCCCGCAGGAGCUCCAGCCUCACACGUCCCCUCAGACGGUGCCGGGGCCCCGCGGAGCAUGAGGGACCGGCUGGCCGAGCUGCAGCAGCGAGCGGCGGCCGAGGGGGACCCGCACGACGACUCGCUGCGCUUCGACAACCCCGCGUUCGUCGGGGACGACGCCAGCCCCGUGGGCCGGGCGCUGCGGGAGGCGGCCGAGCUGUGGCGGGCGCUGGAGCGGCUGGAGCAGCUGUCGGAGAGCAUCGACAGGGCGCAGCAGUCGGUGCUGUGCUGCACCUCGGAGGAGAGCAUCGCCCGCGAGAAGAGCGGCCUCGGCGCGGCCCGGGCCGCCUUCGCCCGCCAGGCCGCGGCCCUGCAGCCCCAGCUGGGAGCGCUGCCGGCGGCCCCGGCCGGGGGCUCGGGGCGAGCGGGGCCCCGCGUCCGCCAGACCCAGCUGUGGCUGCUGCUGCGCCGCUACGGCGCCGUCCUCGCCCGCCACUACGCCCGGGAGAGCCGCUACCGGCACCGGCUGAAGGAGCAGAUCCAGAGGCAGGCGGAGCUGGCGGGCAUCAACCUGGGCGCCCAGGACGUGGAUGUGCUGGCCGAGAGCCCCCAGGGGCCUCGCAUCGUCGGCCGCGACCUGGAGGAGCUCAAGGCCAAGCAUCACCUGGGGCUGGCCCAGGCGCAGCAGCGGCAGCUGCUGGAGCUGGAGGCGCAGAUGCUGGAGCUGCGCGGGCUGUUCGUGCAGCUGGAGGGGCUGCUGGCCCAGCAGCACGGCGCUGCCGACAGCGUGGAGCAGCACGUCCUGCGCACCCUCGACUACGCGGCCCAGACGGGCGGCGGGGUGAAGAGAGCCGGCAAAUACCAGCGGCCGUCGCGGCGCUCGGCCCUGCUGGCGGCGGCUCUGGGCCUCUGCUCCUGCUGCCCCUGCCUGCCCUGCCCCGGCCGGCGCCUGCGCUGAGCCGGGGCUGCGGGGCGGAUUGCAGCGGCGCUCCGGGAUUCAGCCCGCGCUGAGCGAGGGACGCUGUCUGGUGGGAGGGAGGCUGUCCUGUGCUCCUUGAACAGUGGGGCAGCGACGGUGGACGAAACACUGAUGCUGAAGAUGGUGGCAAGCAUCAGCAGUUUAUUUUCCCACAGUACAACUUUUUAUACUUUUUCUCUGUAUCAUACGCAUAGCACGCACUCCUUUUUGCAUUAUAGUUGGCUAACAGACUAUGUGCAUCCGCCUUCCACCCUUCUGUAAUUGGUCAUAAACUUCUCCGUUUCUCGCUGUGGAUGUCAACACACAUCUGCAUUCCAUGCUUCUCCCUCAAAGUUGUUCAUCAGGCUUGCUCAAGGACCCAGCUGUAACUCAUCAAGGCCAAGGCUGCCCGCAGCCCCAUUCCUGUUCUCCUGCAGGGCACGAGAAGUGGACACCCUGUGUGCUGGUGCGAGGACCAUGCGUACCUCGUAUAAUGGUGUAAGGGCCAUGCACACCUUGAUGGCACAGAGACCAUCAAGCACAACUUGCUCAGGGAUGCAGGGUCCAUGCACACCUCACGGCAGCAUGGGGAUCACACACACCUUCCCUGAUGGCACAGGGGCCAUGCACACCUUGGGUGGCAGCACAAGGACCAGUUGCACCUUGCACAGCGAUGGACUAAACAUUCACACACCUCUCCUGGAAGCACGAGGACCAGGAAACUCUUGCACGGUGGCACAAGGACCACCAGCACCUUUCCUGAUGGCACAGGGACCCUGCACACCCUGCGUGGAGCGCAGGGACCAGGCACACCUUGUGCAUUUAUAUAAGGACAAUGCACACCUUGUAUAAUAAUGUAAAGACCACGCACACCUUUCUCGAUGGCACAGGGACCUUCCACACCUUUCUCAAUGGCACAGGCACCAAGAACACCUUGCACGGUGGCAUAGGGACCAGCACCUUUCCUGGUUGCACAGGGACCCUGCACACCUUGAUGGCAUCAUGGGGACCAUGCUCCUCCACUGCAACGCCCAGCCAAGAAAAGCACUUUUAGUGCUCCAAAACCCAACUUAGAACAGUAACAUUUCUUGGCUUUGUUACUGUUCCAAGGAGAGGGGGCAAAAAAGCCUGUGGAAGUUUUUUGGCAGCUCUGUGGUUACAUGUGAGGGGACUCAGUGGCUCGGUGCCACCAUAGAGCACCAUGAAAGCUCCUCCACCACAUCCCAAUCCUUAUUCUCCCCACUUCCUCUAAUUUCUACCCUGCAGGGGUUAUUUGGUGCAUUUGUGUUGCAUUUUGGUCGUUACUGGUUUGUGAGGCAGUGGGUCAGCUUUGGGCUGAGUGUUGCUCAUGGCUCAUGCCACACUCUGACACCAGGAGGGGAUUUGCACAUUUUUGGGGGAGAAUCUGUAGGCUUUUACUUUAACCUGCAAAUUGCCAAACCAGCCAAUAUCCCACACGUGCUGGAGAUGCUGGAAACCUCGAGUGGCUCUUUUUUCUUGUCCCCAUAUCGCCACCUGAAUUUCCCAAGAACUCUCAAAUUAGACCCUGGGGCCUGGUUAAGUUUUUUGGGACCCUUUGUGGAAGUCUCCUCUGUGUCCUAGCAAAUCCUGGCAGCUCAUCCCAGUGCUCUCAGCCACCCUUACAUUUAUUUUCAUCUUCUGGCUGAGCUUUAAUAAAAGCAUUUCUCAAUAACUUCUUGAGUGUGGAGAGUUAUUUCUUUGCAGCAAGGAGCCCAAAGCUAAGGAAGAGCAAAAAUUGAAUGACUUCUCAGUGUGUUGAUUGAGUUAAAUUCUUAGGAAUGUAGAAAACAAUUUUCAGGCUGAUAAAUUCAUAUUUUCUGUUGACCUGGAAGACCCUCACAUCAGGAAUAUCCAUCCCUGUGAGAGCUUUGGGGGCCAAGUUGAGUGGUCUCUGCUCCUGCCCUCUUCCUCUUUCUUUAUUUUCUAUUUGUGAGGUCUAAAUGAAUAUUCCUUUUUCAUUCAAAUUUGGAUGAAUGGGAGUUCAUGUUUAUUUU